GUAAUAAAAAUUCAAUCAGAAUGUGCAGGGAAAGAAACAGUGAAAAAAUUACAUUGAAAUCCCUAAAACUCUCGCUCUCUCCGUCGUGCCGUCUUCACCUUCCAUGUCUAUUCAGUUACAGGUAAAAGUUACUCUCACAUGGGUCUUCACCAUUUAUUACACUUGUAACUGAUUUCAAUCCUUAUCACACUACACUCAUGAUUUCUCUCUGACCUCAAAAGUCGUUGCUCAACAUUUAACACAACACAUUCAAACAUAAACCUAUCCACUUUCUCUCUAUAUUCACCAGUAAUAAUGGAUUACACACAUUUCUUCCUAGUAGCAACAGCCGCUUUAGGUUUCAUCUCCAUAUCCAAAUCUCUCUUCCAUUUCCUCACCUGGCUAUACGUCAUCUUAAUCCGCCCAACAAAACAUCUCAAACAAUACGGUUCGUGGGCCGUAAUCACCGGCUCAACCGACGGGAUCGGCAAAUCCAUGGCUCUAGAGUUCGCAUCCAACGGACUCAACAUUCUCUUACUUGGCCGAAACCCUCUCAAACUCGAAGCAACCUCAAAAGAGAUACUUAAUAAAUUCAGAACGGUCGAAGUUAAGUGUGUUGUUGUAGACUUACAGAACAAUACCGGAGACGAAAUAAUGAGAAAAAUUGAAGAAGCUAUUGAUGGUUUAGAUGUUGGAAUCCUAGUUAAUGGCGCUGGUGUGGCCUAUCCUUAUGCAAGAUAUUUUCAUGAGGUUGAUUUGGAUUUGAUGGAUUCUAUCAUUAAGGUUAACGUAGAAGGAGCAACUUUGGUUACAAAAGCUGUGAUUCCUAGUAUGAUUAAGAAGAAAAAAGGUGCUAUUGUUAACAUUGGUUCAGGUUCCACUGUUGUUCUUCCUUCUUAUCCUCUUGUCACACUUUAUGCAGCUUCAAAAGCGUAUCUUGCAAUGUUCUCUGCAUGUACCAAUUUGGAAUACAAACAUCAAGGAAUUGACAUCCAAUGUCAGAUUCCGUUAUUUGUGUCGACGAAAAUGACAAGGAUGAAGGCGUCUCUGUUUGUUCCAACACCGGAGGUAUAUAGCAAAACAUGCAUGAAAUGGAUUGGUUAUGAGAAACUGGUUGUGCCAUACUUUUUUCAUUCUCUGCAGUCGUUUGUCAUAAGGGCGGUUCCUGAUGUGUUGUUGGAUUCUUACAUGCUCAGUUAUUUUCUUUACUGGCGGAAAAGAGGACUUGUUAAGGACUCGCAAAUUAAAGUAUCUAGUAAUUCUGAAGCAAAUUAGCUUUGAUGAUGAUGAUGCCAAAUUUAGUUUUCUGUUUCUGCUCAAUCAACAUCUCUGCGAAAAUUUAGAGUUAUGAUGGUUCCAGUGGAUUGAUUACAUAUGUAGUUUUUUUUUUUCCUUGUACUUUCUCUUCUCCAUCAUUUUCUUAAAAUUAUUAUUUCUGCUGCUCACUUAUGAGCUCUGGAUCCAUUAUAAUUGAAAAUUGGACCAAGGCCACCUCAAGGAGAUGAGACUCCGCUAGAGAUAAGUAGAAAUGUGAAUAAUUUACUUGAAAAUGGUGUUGAAUAGUCUAUCCGAGUUUGAUUGAAUUUAUCUUAGUAAGUGCGAAUUUGAUGUAAAAACGGACAUUCAACGUACACUAAUUGAACUCUAUUAGUUCUUAUACUCCGAAGCCAGCCAGAGUCGCAAAAAUGAACAGGACCAACCGGUUCAACUUGGUAGAGAUGUAGAUCCGGUUCAACUUGGUAGAGAGAUGUAGAUGUUAUAUAAAUUAUGUUUUAGAAAAGAUUAUAGAAAAGUAAAAGAAUAUAUAUUAAUGUUAUAGUUUAGAGUUUUUUUUUUUAGCAAAGAGAAAUAAAGAAGAAGAGACUUUUCAUAAGUAAGAAAUAAAAACAUGAUGGAGAGGGGAAGAGAAUUUUUGACAGUUAGUUAUGACUAGGUUGGGCUUGGGUCAAAAUUAUAUGUAUUUUUUUAUGUUUAGUAUUUAUAAUUUUUUUAAAAAUAUUUUAUAGAUAUUACGGUUUUAAUUAUCGGGUUUAAAUUGGAUAGAAAAUGUCUAUGGGUCUGUUUGGUAAAAAUAGAGGUUGACAGAUAAGCUAGCUGAUAGCUUAUAGCUUAUGACUGAUGGCUGAUGACUGAUGACUUAUAGC